AUGCCAGACCCCCUGUCCGUUGCCGGCAGUGCCGUUGGGAUAGUGUCCCUUGGGAUACAAGUCUGCCAGGGCCUGGUUUGGUAUUUCAAUUCUGUCCAAGGGAGAAAGCAAGACAUCGAAGGUGGUCUGGGUGAGGUCCAGACCUUAGCAUCCAUCUUUUACUCCCUCAACGACAUCAUCCCCAAGAUCAAUCAGGCACAAUGUACCGAAGCGACAAUGAUCCGACAAUGCCUCAAGAACAGCGAAGAGAUGCUGUUGGAGCUAUACCAAUCCCUGAUCCGGCUGAGGGGCCUCCGACAGUCUACUACCGACGGAGACAAGAUGGGAGAGAAGGCUCGCAUGCUGUUGUACCCGUUCCGGGCAGGCAAGCUGGAAGCUCUUCGUGAGUCUCUGCGGGGACUUCUGGGCAACUUGAAUCUGGCCAUCAAUACCACAUCUCUGGAGUUUCAAACCAUGAACAAGGACAAGGUCGACACCAUCGACGAGGCGAUGCAGGACCUGGGACUCCUAUCGAAAGACACAAACGCCGGCGUCCAAGAUCUCAAUACCAAGAUGCAGGAGAACAGAUGUCGACUCCUAUCACUGGAAUUCACCAUCAAUGACUUGCUCACGCAAGUUAGUCAUCGCGUGUCUCAAGUUGAGGUUGCUGUGAAGGACCUCGAGAGCAACAUUACUGGCGAACUUACUGUGUUAGGAAACGGAGUGACUUCGGUUCACCAGGGGUUGGCUGGCGUAGCAAGAAUGCUAAGCUCACAAUCAACGGUGAUUUCUCAAAUGGAUUUACCAACUAAUGACUCUUACAUCAAGAGAAUGGAAUUAUCCCGUAUUCAAGACCAAGGCUCCCCAUUGUCCUGUGGGCCUGUCAGGCCACCAGCUCAGUAUAGGUCAAAAAACAACUCCUCAAGCCGCCUCAUUUCACCUAUGUGCAAUUGCAAACGGAAAGAUCGCUCUUCUGGGUUCUCCUUUGCCUUUUGUAGCCUUCAGUUUGAAUUCAAGCAACAGAUACCAGGGCAACACCGCGAGAGCUGCAAGUUCUUUGGGAUCAACAGUCAGACAGAGAGGAGAAUUAAGGCUCAAUUCCCCAUCAAGCUCGCCUGGCUGUCUCAUCGAAUGACUGUUGCAUCCGUGGAUUACACGAUCGGCACUAGUGCUCUAGGAUGCUCGGUACGUUACAGAAAUGUUGUGCCUAGGCAACAUAGCCCGGUCCGCAAAGUGCUGCUUGACGCCGCGCGUGGCAUCCUCGCUUCGCGAUCUACCAAUCGAACCAUUCAAUUACUCGAAUACACUGGAAGCGAAAUACUGUCCCUAUAUCGAGAUGGACGGGCUUCUCCAAGCGACCGGGACCAGGACGAUCGUUGCCACACGGAGAUGUUCAUUGAGACCUUUGUGAACUCCAACUACGAUUGGAAGUUUGAGAUGGGAUUGAACUACGAUGACAUUAGAAAACUACCGAAUAAAAUCUGGCUUCAUGACUCAGUACUUGCUGCUGUGUUGCGAACCUUGCAAACAUUGGAUGCGGUUGUCCUGGUUGAUGAUAUCCGCUUUUGCAUUGAUUCGAACCCAUUUUUUAACUCAAACCUCACCGUCAGUGCUGGGGCCCUCGAAGCACAACCCCGGGGGCGUGUCCACCCUUUGCGAGGAUGGCAUGGUGUAGGUUCCUCGCUGAACAAACUCCUAGAGAUGCAGUUGUCUGCCAUGACACGGGCGAUAGUGGCGAGAUCCCUAAACGAAGUAAAAAGAUGCCUCGGAAACGACCCGGAAGCGGCUACAGAAACGGUUGACGAAUUCAAUGUCCUCCACCUAUGUUCGGCAUGGCCUGAGGGAUUGCGAUUCUUCCUAACGACUAAGGCUCGAAACCUUAUCGAUUGUGAACCUGGAGGUCUGGUGGACUUAUCUGCCCUUAACCUCGCAAUAGAAGCCCAGUGCGCCGAAUCCCUGGAUAUAUUGAUGCGAGCAGGCAGUCGAUUCAAAUUUGACGAUCCUGAAUGGGAGGAGAUAUCACCUGAAUUCGUCGAGGCCGUAGCCCGCUGGCUCUUCCAGAGAAGAGUACAAUUGUUCCAAAGCGCCCAGGAGCAGCUUGAAGAUUUCGAAGAUGAUUACACUUCUGAUAGUACGGAAACUGAAGCGAGGCUUGUUUACGAAAACCUCACAGACAAGGGCAUUUCUGUCCCACCAGCUCUGGAAGUGGAUCACGAUUACAGCACAGUCUACCACUCUCCUUGGGUACCGUUUGAUCACUUUCCGAUCCUUUUUAAAGCUGGGUUCCGGAAUCACUCCCCUGAUUUCAACCAUGGCCUUACUCCCAUCAUGAUUUGGCGUUUUUCUGCAAUCUUUGUUUCAGGGGAUUGCUUGCGAUGGCUGCGAGAGAAGGGGUUUCUCGACCAACCUCCAGAAGACCCGUGCAAUCUUGGACUCAAUGUCAGUUCCACCGGAUGGCACUAUCUUGCGGCAAUGUCUUGCUUCCAAGACGAUAGCAGGAUGGCCUGGACCAUUUUUCCAGACCUUUCGCAAUCCUCGGCUCGAGACGAUUGCAUUUGCUGGUGUAUCCCCGGAGGCAAGGGAUGUUCGCCGAUGGGGUCAGUUUUGAAGGCCUACGCCGACUGUGAUCGGGGUGGAGAAUCCGACUUCUGGGCUGGGGACCUCGUGCACAUCCUUUGCUCUGCUCGAUGCGGCGAUGAGAUAUCAGUCAAUAUGAGUCACUUUGUACGGUUCCUCACAUUUGAAGCUCUUAAAAUGACACACACUUGUUGCCAUUUUGGGGUUCUAAAUAUGGAGAGGCUUGAAAUCGUCACCGGCGGUGACGGCGGCCCGGCCUACAAAUCCCUUUGGUGGCACAAGUGGUUUGUCAUUCUUGGUCGAAAGAAAGCCAUGAUCAAAAAGGUCAGAGCUGGCUUGUGGGCACGAGGGAAUGCGAGCCUUUUGGAUUCUUUGAUGGAAGAAUUCGAUGGGGAACUGCAAGGGACUGAGCCAAGUCCUGAAACUCUUAAAAGCUUUCUCAACAGCUACUGGAGACAACGGAUGGCCCAACUCUUUCACGUGGAUGAAGAAAGUGUCAAUGACGUGAAGACAUACAAGUUGCCUGAAAGAGCACAGCGGCUUCUUGGUCCUAGGUUUAAUCUUCGGGGGGAGGAUUGCGCGGUAGGCACUUGGUCAAGGUGCCAUACUGAAAGUGAUGUUGAAGAUGACUCGAGUGAUGAAACGUGUUCUGAGUCAGAGGUUGAAGACGAAAGCGAAUUGGGAAAUGACGAGGAGUGGUGA